GCAGUGCUCUCUUCGGGCUCCCGAAAAUCCGUUAAAAAGCUUCAAGACGCCGCUCAAAUCUCGUUUCCUCUUUUCCGCUCACCUGAGGCACCUUUUGCAAAGCCGCAGCCGCAGCCGCAGCGCGUCUUAACUUGUCUCGAGGUGCACAGAGUUCCAAAUGCCGCACGUUCAGUCGCGAGCGAAUCGAGUUGGAGUGCAAACGUCUCAAGCGGAAUCUCAAGUUGUAGCGCUAAACGCAGCGAUCGGAGUGUAGAUAUAUACAUAUGUGUAUCGCUGAAAUACAAAGUUGAACCAAGUUGGAAUUUGCCACCAGUCGAAAAACAUCUCGAAUCGAAUAAAUAUCUGAAAUUUGCAUAAGGCGCAACUAAAGACGCGCUCUGUCAGUUAACCCACUUUCUAAACGACCAAACCAAAAAAAAAGAAUAAUACUGCGACCGAUAUUCAGCAACAACGAAACCAAUUAACAAGCAAAUAAUGCCUGGCAAAUACACCGAAUAACGUGCAAGUGAUUCAUGGUUUUUUUCUUCCAAGUGAAGUGCCCAAGUAAAUCGAAACAUAGCUAACGUCAAACAAAAAAGCUGACUGCAAAACGCACUGGAAGCGAUAACGAUACCUGGAACGCCCCCCACCAACGACUGUCAGUCAGUUGAAACCGCAACUGCAGCAGCAGCAUCUACUGGGCCUGAAACAACAACAGCAAGUACGGAUUGCAAACAGCCCGGAUUGUAAGAACCAAACAAUAUAAACUGAAGAAAACCAGGCGACCGGUGAAAAACUGCAAGCAGAAUAUGGCCUAAGGUUGUUCAUCAGAGUGAGCAGUAAGCAAAAAGGAAACCCCUAGCGAUGUCGUCCUCGAUCUGUUCGCACUUUACCCAGAAUGCCUGGAAGAAGGAUUUGUGCUCGAAUUGCUUUAAGUCCAAGGAUGAGCACAAGGCAGCCGCCGCAGCAGCCGCCUCCAAAAUGGGUGGCAGUCAUAAGCCCGAGGUUAAAACGGAUUACCCCAACAAGCACAAGACUCCCGCGAGCAUCAUUAAGAAGGCUUUUGGCGUGAGACUGACCAGUUCCACCUCCACCUCAGGAAGUACUGGCUCUGGAAAAUCCUCAAGCUCAAAGGGCGGCAAAGUGUGCUUUCCCAAGCAGCUCCACGAGGUCAUUGGCUAUGGGGGAGAGUGGUCGGAAGACGAUGAUGACGAUGACGAUCACGAUUUCAUGAAUCUUGGCAAUGAGCACGAUGACAUGGCCAUCACUGAAACAGACGACGAGGAGACGGUGGAGCUGAAGAGGAUUACCAGGGCCAACACCGACUUCAAUAUGAACAAUGGCAAUCUCCUAGGCGAUGCCGAGGAGAAUAUCAAGAAAUCCUUUGCCGCCCUCAAACUGGGUGCCCCUCAGGUGGACAAGGAGGGCAAGAAGCAGACUUUGACCAUCAAUGUGAUGCCUUUUGGCCAGCCCAUUGGCAAAGCGUCGUCGCCAUCGACCCCAGCAAAAAGUGCACCGGCGGAAAGCAAAAGCACAGCAGUUGCAACAUCGGGGGCAACACCAGCAGCCAAAACCAAACCAGCCACCAUAACCACAACAACAGCCAUCAAAAGCAGUAGUACAACUAUAGCUACGGGAACUGCCAGUGUUAAAAAGGUGACCACCACCCUAACACCCACGCUAACCAUGACCAAAAGCACAACGGGAACGGCCACCACAUCAGCAUCAACAGGCACAUCCUCUCGAGAUGGAAAAGAUAGUCCCCUAGAAAGAGCCAUGGAGAAGUCGCUCCUAGACGAGAUCUCCGAGACCUUGGAGCAGAAGCAGAAGCUAAGUGAGACAAGUACAUCGCCACCUCUUCCGGCGGCCACCAUCUCAACUUCCUCCUCCACCAACACCAAUACCAAGAUAAAAUUCGAGCUGAGUGCCCUGAGUGAUUCGCCGAAGCCAUUUCUCGACCUUAAGAAGCCCAUUGCGAGGAAUGCACUCACCAGGGACCAGACCAAACCCAAGGUAAAUGUGUGCCACAAAUACUCGGAUACGGACAGCAAUUGUUCGGAUACGGAGAAUGGGGUAUCCGCCUACUACGAUGUGGUGGAGACCCAGUUGAGCUAUGAAAAUCUACCCGAUGGCAAGUACUCCGAACAGGUGGGCGUGGCCACUGCCGCCCAGACGGAGAGUUCCAGUAACUCGCACUACUCCAGCUCACAGUACAUCACGGAUAUGCUUUUGAGCUAAACCCGGGCGGCCAGCUAUAAUCUCCACGAGGGUAACUUCAUGACCAGCAAAAUCACCUCCGACGGCCUGAUUGUGACCAAGUGCAGCUCGGAUGACGCCCUAGACUCCACGGGCAGCAGCUUCGACGGGAGUUCGGAUGAGGAGAAUGCCUACAAUAUGAUCCGCAGUGAAUCGGAUUCCGGAAUUGGUAUUAGCCUGGGCAGCGAGUACAAGAACUUGGGUGGCCAAGGAACGGCGUUAAGUGGACAACUUCUCUCGGAGAAGAAGCUCAGUGCUAGCACCAAUAUCGACUACGAGGAUAUACAGAUUGGUGAUCAGGCAGUGCCCAAGCCGGCUGUCAAGAGCAGGGAGCUCCAUGGCGAACCCGAUGGCAGUGCCGAUCCGGAUAAUAGUCUAGAGCAGAAGCAAAAGCAAUUGUCGUCGCCAAAGGAGGUGGAACAACAGCUUCCUGCCCUGCCCAAGUCACCGCCACCGCCCAUGAAGAUCGAUGCCAGGCCCUCGUUUCUACAUGGCCUGAAAAAGCCAGAACUGCCGGUGAAACCACUUGUCAAUAGCCAUCCCAACAAUAAUUCGAGCACUAACAACCAACUGAAAAGCUUCCUGGAACGGCAACCCAGCUGCGCCGAGCCAUUCAUCAGCCAGCUGCAGUCGGCCAUUUCCAAGUCCAGCGAGAGUCUACAGCUGGCCAAAGAGAAUCUGGCCAAUCUGGUAGCCUCCGACGAGGCCAAGCUGAAAAAGGGCAAAGCCCCGAAUCCGCCGCCAGAGCCAAAGCUGAGCGCUCCGCCCACGCCGGAGCGAGAUUACAGUCUGGUAGUUGAGUUCGAGCAGGCGGCGAAGGCGGCAGCAAAGCCAGCGGAGAAGGCCACGUCAUCGGGUGAGACAUCAUCGUCCGCGUCAUCGUCACCAGGAGAAACAGCCAGCGGAGCAGCAACAGGUGCUGCCACAGGAGCAACCGCAUUAACCAGCAACAGCAAUCUGUACACCAGGAAACCAGCUCUUCCGGCGGCGGCGGUGGCAGCUCCUGUCAUUCGGGAGAAGGACAAGCGGGAACGGGCCGUGAUCAAUCCCAAGUUCCGGAGUCUCAAUACCUUUGUGAUGCAGCGUGCCAAUGCGGCCAAGCAAAUGCAACUCCAGUCAGCCAGCUCCGUUUAGCUCAAACAACCCAUGACGCCAGAGCCAACGCCCCGGAAUCAACGUCAUCUCUCCAUGUCGGAGGAAUGCCUGGCUGCCGCUGGACUGGACAAGAAAUCCCAACCCUUCGCCUCACCGCCCCAGAAACAAAAGUCCAAGUUCUCCAUCAAAAAGUUUUUGCGCAUGGGAAGCAAUGGAGGUAGCAACAAAACCGGGGAAUCUCUGGGCAAGAAGGAAACCAGCAUGUAUACAGAAAUAUGUACAGGAACGGAAGAGGGCAGUCCCUCUGAACCUCGAUUGGUCAUCAUCCAUCCCAUUGACAUUAAUCCCACGGCCGUGGAGGUGGUGAAGGACAUCACCAAGACCAGUGACUGUUCGGCCCAAACGGUGGCUGUGGUUACGGCCAAACCCCCCCCGCCCCUUCGAUCGAGCGCCAGCGAGGGGCAGCGCGCCCACGAGGCCAACAAGCCGGCACGCCCACCGCCGCCCAAGAGCGCCGAACUCCGGCGGAAGCAGAAGACCGAGCUGACCGCCACGCUCAGCGCCAGCAGCGUGGACUCCAGUGUCCUGACCCUGGCAUCCGGCACCGGAUCCGUCAAGCUGAAGGCCGACAACGUCUACGCCAACUUGGGGGAAAUCCGCUCCUCGAUAGCCCCACGAAAGCCGGAGCGCACGGCCAGCAUGCGGGAGCGGGAGGCCCAGCUGGAACUGGUGCGCAAGCGCGGAGUCCUCACCGACACUAUCUCCAUUUGCUCGUCAAACGGUGACAAUGUAGCCACGGAUCAGGGCACGAUGGCCAAGACAAGUGCCAACACCACUGGCCAGGAGGCAGGGAAGUCCGCAUCGGCUGCAAAUAGCAGGACCAGCACCUUCGAGCGACAGCCGCAGAAAAAGAGCGAGCCGAAGAUGUCCAUCUCCAGCAAACUGGAGAUCUUCGAGCAGCGAUCCCUGGAUGCAGCGGAUGCUGCCCAACGGAGCAGCCUCAAGGAUUCGGUGCGCAAGAUCAACAGCAAUGAUAGCUAUCUGAAGGACAAACGCGACUACGAGAACAUGUACGAGUUCGUCAAGAUGGGUUCUCCACCGCCACCAACAGCUAAUGGUAACACCACGCCCACGCCCUCCACAUCAACGCCUCCUCCUCCGCCCACGCGCAGUAACAUUGACCUUUCCGUGGCGGGUCAGAGAUUGACCCAGGCCACGAGACGCAAUAACAUCUACUCGGAUACGGCCUCCAUCGCCAGUUACACGCGCAGCGAGUACGGACCGGUGCGAAACUAUGGAUUGAAUAACAGCUUGGCCAACAUUCCACGCAUCAUCUCGGCCUCCUAUGCAGGCAGUGAGGUGGGCGAGUUCGAUAUCUAUGCUCCGUACAGCUAUUACGGAAGCGAGGCGGGCGGCGAUGUGGCCACGGACAUCAACGACAGCGUCUGGGGCAUGCCACAGGCCAACAAGAACCGCAGCAAGGCCACGAAUCGUUUGCGCAUGCGCAAGGGACGCAGUGUCGUGCACAAGACCAUCGAGGAUAACUACAGCGUGGUGGUGGCCAAUCACGAGGCUGCCCAGGUGUUAGAUCAGCUUCAACAAACUCCAGUGGUGCCGACAGCACUGCGUCCUCUGGCCAAUGCCAUCAACUUGCGCUACGAGGACUUCACCAUUCUGGAGGGAACCCAGGCCUUUGUGGUGGGCAAGAAGGCCUUCCAUGCCGCCCUGUGGAGCUCAUCGCCGGUGACCUUGGCCCUGUCAGCGGACUGCAACCAACUGGCCGGAGUGGGUGGUGAACUGAGCCAGCUGACCGGCGGUGUGAGCGACGUGCUCAACCCGGUGACCGAAUUCUGUGACCUGGUUCCCAGCUACCAGUUGCCACUGAUGCCCUCGACGGAGGUGACCCUGCUGCAGGCCACCAUCUCCGUGCUGCCCAGGCUACAGCUGGAGACCCUCCAAUCGAUCGGAGCAAUACUCAAGGGCAAGUCGCAGGUUCUGGACAAGAGCAACUUCAACUUCCGCGGCUCCAUUCCGAAUCUCAGCGGACUGAAGGAUGGAAAUGGAUCACUGGCUGGGAAUCUGAGGAAUGUGGUCUCGGUGCAGAAUCUGAGUACCCUGAACGAGGAAUCCUCGGCCACGUCGAUGGGUGCUGAUGAUGGAUCGGUCAAUGCAAAUGCCAUGCCAGCAUUCGAUGAUGUGAUGACCCGGGAGGUGGCCUUCAUCAUGCUGCAGCUGGUCAACGGAAUGAAGAACCUGCAGGCCAAGGCGAUCGAGGAGACGCCGCUCAGUCUGUCCAAUGUGGUGCUGUCCAAGGACAUGGACAACAAGGAUGCCCAGGCGCCUUGUGUGCUCCAGGGAAACAACAAUGACGACGACGAGCCCAUGGGUACGCUGUGCAAGUGCGCCCACUCCGCCUUGGUUGACAUGCUGCCCGCCACAAAGAUCACGCCCAUCCUGGCGGACAUCCUGCAGCAGGAGCGAGCCGAGUCCCUGUCCAAGGCGAAGGGUCUGGAGUUUGUGCUCUGGGGUCCCUCGGAUGUGGCGCUCACGGGCUCGGUCAAGGAACGGGAACUGGCACUGCAACGAUGGUUGGAUCUGGAACGGGCCACAGUUCUCCAUGGACUAGUGCGCACCCGUGUCGAGCUGACCGUUUACGACGAGUGUCAUCUGAUGUUCCUCGUGCGCUCCACGGCCAAGAUGAUGAACGAUGCCGCGAAGAUCGUGUGCAACUACCAGCAGACGAGUGGAUCUGCCAGCCAGGACUAGCUUCAGUUAAUCCGCUAGUUAACCCUGCUCAAUGCUAAAGGAAUUAUCUUAUAAAUACUAUACGAAACUGUCAUAGACACUUAGUCCUUAGAGUCAACGAAUGAUAUCUUCUGAAUCGCCCCAUAUAAACAUACUAUACAUAUUAUCUAUAUUCUUUGCCCAGCGUGCCAAAUUGUUUCGCGCGGAAAUUGUCAUGUAAAAAUAUGCUUAUCGUAUGCAAACUCGAACGAUUUGUGCAACUUUAAUUAAUUUGUAAACUAAUCUUAAGUCAUUAAUCUAAACGAAUAUUUAUAUUUCCCUAUACGAGUACACGUAAUUUGUAUCUUCAUCAGAUUGCAACUAUUAUAUAUGAUAUGCCAACAAUUUGAUUAGUAAGACAAAACUUUUUGGUGUUUGAACAAAUACAUAUAUAUGGUAAACAUAAAUAAAAUACUGUCUAAAUAAAUAAAUGGAAACCUA